CGUCAUCAAACAGCUGCCGGGUUAGUGUGUUGUUGUAUGCACGUGUUGGUGGUCAUGGUGAAAGCCUCGCCGCCCUCUAAAUACUACCUGACGCGCCAUGACCGGAGGACUGGUGUCAGGCCGUAUUCGGGUCCAUACUGCCCCCGGAUAUAUAUCGAUGCCUGGCGAAGGAAGGACACCCGCCACAGGAAAAGGGACGCCGAGGAGAGGAAGUUCGAUGCUCUCCUCCUCGGGCGAAGUGAAGAUUCUGAGCCUCAGGAGAAGAAGCGAUCAAGCAGCAAUACAAAGAGUUGGAUAAGGAGACUUUCAAGGGAACAAGAAGAGGCUAGGAGACACAUGAGUUCCCGCUCCAUACUCAGAGAAUCCUCCCGGUCGUCUCUGCAGCUAACUCCUCCAAGAGACGAGUCCAUCAGCUUCUCUCUCGUUCCUUUGAGGCAGACUCCAGCACGGGCAUCACACACACACUUACUUUCCAGCAGGUCUGCUUUUCCUCUUCCUCCCACGGAUAGCUUACCCUCUUUCCUUAGUAAGUCCCCUUCCCCUCCACCACGCACGCCCAUUCUCUCAACGCUUUCCUCCUCCUCUGACUUACGAGGUUCAUCAGCUCCAAGGUUGCCAUCGUACUCAUCCCUGGGGCAUCCUUCUUCAAGAUAUAAGGUUUUGUUAGAGUCUCCUUUUUAUUCACCGUACAGGCUCCCCAUCUCCUCACCUGAUCAACCCUUAAUAAGAUACCGCCCUCUCAGCCCUGCCAGUUACCCCAAAACAUCUUCCCCUCGCCUUCCCUGCUAUCGUAAACCAUCUGCCUUUCGCCCAACCAGCUACCCCAAAACAUCUUCCCCUCGUCUUCCCAGCUAUCGUAAACCAUCUGCCUCUCUCCCAACCAGCUACCCCAAAACAUCUUCCCCUCGUCUUCCCAGCUAUCGUAAACCAUCUGGCUCUCUCCUUCCCACUGCCUCUAGACGACCCUCUCUCUCUCGCCCUUCUACCGCUCCUAAACCAUCUACUUCUCGCCCUCCCACCAGUCCUAAACUACCUGAAUCUCGCCCUCCUGUCACCUCUAACCCACGCUCUGUCUCUCGUCCUUCCACCGUCCCCAAGCCAUCCUCUACCUUUCAUCUAGAAUCAUCAUCUUCCUCUAGCUCUGAAGACAGUAUUUUCACCUCCAGACUGCUUUCCUCCUUCCUCCGUUCCUCCAUACCUUCCGAUCAAGCAGCCAGAGAGCAUUCCUCUUUCCUUCGUUCCUCCAUACCUUCUCAUCAAGCAGUUUCUUCCCCUGAGGACCUGCAUGUUAGUAAGUCUUCAAGAAGGAGCGCGCAUCACCACACCAGCCCAGAUGUCUCCUUGCCUCUGGUGCCUCUAUCGCCUCUUCGACCGCGCCGCUCUCACUCCCCCGCCAGUUCUCUCAGAAGGGUGAGGGUGAGGGUCGAAGUUCACCACAUUAGAUCUUCGCAAGCUAGAAAGUCUCCAGAACGCAACACUCGCCAACAGAGCAACCCAGAAGUCUACUUGCCCCUGGUGCCUCUAACACCUCCGCGGCCCCGCUCUCUCCCUUCCCGGUCAGUUCCGUCAAAAUGUUAGUAGUGAGGGCGAAGUCCACCACGUUAGAGACUGAGAGAAAACAAACAUGAUGCUGUAGGUUGGACACAUGGUAUGAAACAUUAUAUAUACUGAAGUUUAUAUAAUUAGUGAUGCGGUUCAUGCAGUUUUAUUUUGCUAUUACUGCAGUUCUUCUUUGUGUUUGGCUGAGCUGUUGUUUUAUCAUUAAUAUCAUUUGAGAUUUGAGCUGCUGUGCGUGAAAUGUGUUCACUAUUACUUGAUCUAUCACAGAUGAAAGAUAUUUCAUGUAAUACGCCUGCGGAAUAUGUUUGUACGAAGUGAUGAUUGUAUGUCGGUUUAAUUAAUUGUUUACAUAACUAUAGUGAAGGUCCAACUUAGCACAUUUAAUAAUCAUGUGCCAGGGAAAGAGCAAUCUCAGGUCUGGAUUUGAUACUGAAAACUUGUUAUAUAAGAAUAAAAUUUACC